UUCCCUUAUUUCUUCUCCAAGAAAUUUCAUUCCCAUUUUAAUUUCUCUUUCACACUUAACACCAACAUCCAAUCCCCAUUAUAUUCCCUUUCUUUUCUGCUAAUUCCCAUUUUAAUUUCUCCUCUCCUUCUCUCUCUCUUCUUUCUCUCACUACAACCAGAGGCACACCCCAUGUCCGCCUCCUCCUUCGACGCCGGCGACUCCCCCUUUUGGGUGGAUCACCGCCCUAACCGGAACCCAUACAAUUUGAACAACAGAAUUAUGCUCACCGCCAUCAUUUCCCUUUCUCUUGUCGUUCUUCUCGUCAUUGCCCUUCACAUUUACGCCCGUUACGCCCUCCGUCGUCACGCCCGACGCCAAGCCGUUCUCCGCCGCCUUGGAAUUCUCGCCCUCGUUGACUCCAGCGACCUUCCGCGACCGCCGCGGCACUCCGGCCUCGACCCCCUUGUCAUGGCGUCUCUGCCAGUCGUUGUUUUCAAACACCAAUUGGAAAACCCAGCUGCCGUUGAGUGCGCCGUGUGUUUGUGCGCCGUCGAGGACGGCGAGGAAGCGAGAGUUUUACCCAAUUGUAAACAUACUUUCCAUUUGGAAUGUAUUGACAAAUGGUUUGGGUUGCAUUCCACGUGUCCAAAUUGCCGGACGGAGGCGGCGCCGAUGAUUCGGCCGGAACCCCGGGAGGCUCCGGUGGCGGAGAGCGGUGGUGGGUCAAGCUCCCGAUUGAGCUCAUUCAGACGGAUUCUAAGUAGAGAAAGGUCUUCAAGAAGAAUUCAACCUUGUGUUCGCGAAAAUGGAAACGACGACGUUCAAGACUUGGAGAGGCAGCAAAUGUCAAUGUAAAGAUAUUAUUUUUUCUUUCUUAAUUAUAUUUUUCUCCUUAAUUAUUUCAAAUAUUUUAUU